AUCGGCGUCUCCUCCCAAGAAUCCCGUCGAGUCCUCUCAGUUCGGGAUAUUGAUGGCAUAUCUCUCGCUGGCGGCUGACGCUAUUGUAUCGCGACCACGCCGAUGACUCUGGCCCUCGUUGCGAGGCCAUUGUCUGAAGCUUCCUCCGCAAUACGGCUUCUGCUGCCAGCGAACUGAGCCAUGCCAGCUGAGUCCAAUUUCCAAGAUGUCACCAGCUCCACGAUUCGGACUCGGACGAUGUCUCAGAUCAGCGGUGGGAGUGAGAGGCCACGGAGGUGGAUAAAGCGUUACCGGACAGAGACGGCCGCUAGUACUGCUAGUGUUCUGUCUACGGUGACUGCUUUCCCUCUUGACAGUGUCAAGACUCGCAUGCAGACCUAUCCUUAUGCAGGCGCCUUGGAUUGUGUUCGUGUGACAUACAAAUCAGAAGGAAUCAGAGGUUUCUUUCGAGGUGUAACCGCACCCCUAGCCAGCGUCACCCUCGUACGAACUAUAUCCUUCUCGAUCUACCAACGCUCUAAAUACGUUUACUCCGACUGGAUGAAGAAGCACUUCGGCUUCAGUCCACUUGAUCAUGUUAACAGGAACGGUGCCUACCCGACAUUGGGCACGAUUGCUUGCUUUGGGGCCGCCGGAGCCACUGCUGGUUCCGGAAUUACCUUCAUUGCUUGUCCGUUCGAGCUGACGAAGCUGAGCGCUCAAAUAUCGGUUCUCAUGGCGAACCAGAAGAAUGUGGAUCCUAAGAAACAAGAGAUUGCCCUUAGCUAUCACAAUAAGGGGACAUUUAAGACUCUCGCAAACAUUGUCAAGCACAGAGGUUUCGCGGGGAUGUACACUGGACUGAACUUACAUCUCUUGAGAGACACGUUAGGAACGGGAAUCUAUUUCGCGACGUACGAAAGCAGCAAGCAGCUGCUGACAACGUUCAGCGGCAAAGACGCCCAUAAGAACCCCCUCGCUGUACUAGCUGCUGGGGCGCUCUGCGGUAUAGUCUCGUGGGCCAUGAUCUACCCGAUCGAUUCUGUCAAGAGUAUAUACCAGCGUAACGCGCUGAUGUAUUCGAAAGGUCAAAAAGUCCCCGUCCCAAAAAUCAAAUUUUUUAGGCGAGAUAUGUACCGCGGGCUCGGUGUAUCCAUGGGACGCUCCGCAACCGUCAAUGCCGUAUUCUUCUCGGUGUUCGAAUUCCUUAAGAAGCAGAUUAAUUCUCUCGAGGAAUACGACUAGUCUCGAGAUCUCGGCGAUACGAGGCGACGGCGAGCGGGCUGAUAUCCGUGUGCCCU